AUGUGUGAUUACGUCGUAGUAGGUUCUGGUAUUAUCGGACUUUAUACCUGUUUAGAAUUAUUAAAUAGAAAUGUUAAGGCAAGUUCUAUUACUGUGAUUGCUGAACAUUUACCAGGUGAUGAAUCUAUAAAUUAUGCUUCACCAUAUGCUGGAGGUGAUUUUUCUUGUAUUACAGAUGAUGAUCCUGCCACCUUGUAUUAUGAUAAGUAUACUUAUACUAAUUUGAAGAAAAUUCAAUUGGCUUUGGGUGGUCCACAAUUUGGAUUGGAUAGAUAUACUUCGACUGAAUACUGGGAUAUCAAACCAUCUAAAGAAAAAAUUGAUUCUUUAGCUUCUUAUUUGGAAGAAUAUAAAGAAAUCCCUUCAUAUGAAUUACCUUCCGGAGUAGCUUUUGGUAUUACAUUCUUAUCUUGGAACUUUAACUGUCCUUUCUUCUUAGCCAAUGUCAAGGCAUAUCUCGAAAAAAAUGGUGUUAGUUUCCGCAGACAAAAAUUAACUCAUAUUACUCAAGCUUAUCUUACAUCAUCAACUAAAGUGGUGUUCAACUGUACUGGAUUAGGAUCUCAUAAAUUAGGAGGUGUUAGUGAUUCUAAUGUAUAUCCAACUAGAGGACAAGUUGUAGUUGUUAAAGCCCCUCAUAUCAAAGAAAAUGUUAUGAGAUGGGGUGAAGAUUAUGCUACUUACAUAAUCAAAAGACCUUAUUCUAGUGAUCAAUUGAUUUUAGGUGGAUACAUGCAAAGAGAUAAUUGGACUGCUGAUACUUUUAAAGAAGAAACUGAAGAUAUUAUUAAAAGAACUACUACUUUAUAUCCUAAGAUUCUUGAAAAGAAUCCUUUUGGUAAUAAAUUAGAAAUUUUAAGAGUUGUAGCUGGGUUAAGACCAAGUAGACAUGGUGGGGUUAGAAUUGAGAAAGAACUUGUUGGUCAUGAUAAAUAUUUGAUUCAUAAUUACGGAGCCAGCGGUUAUGGAUACCAAGCUGGUUUAGGUAUGGCCUCUGAAGGUGUUAGAUUAGCUUUCCUUAAUGAUAGUAAGAUUUAA